AUGAAGUUCUUCAUUUGCCUUGCCGCCCUCGGGCUGGCCACCGCCACACCGCUGGCCGACGCCAAGAUCGAAAAGCAAAGCACCACUUCGAACUUGACUUUGCCGCAACUACGAGCGCGCCUUGCAUUGUGUCUCGAGCGAAACCCACCAACGGACGGUCCGGUCCUAUCGGACUUUGCGGCUUCACGGGCAUCCGAGUACCAGACGGAAGCACAACUUCUUGGGGCAGUUGAGGAGUGUGAAGACACUCCUUCUCCCUCGCUCUGCUUCUCGGUGCACGCCGCUACCGACAUUGCCCAGGACGCAAACGCCGACGGCAAGCUCGGACGUACGAUUCCCGCCUCGCCCGUCCGACGUGCUCGUCAUCGUCAUCGUCAUCCCGCCGCGAGCUUGGGUGGCCGGGGAGACACUUGGCUCCUCCGGCUUGCCUCGUCAUCACGGAUUCCGCCUGACGGCAUUGGAUCCUCGCCCUUUCCCGGCAACGGCGAGAGGGCCUCGGACACGGGCAACAUGGCUUCGGGCAAGGGCGAGAUGGCCUCGGACAAGGGCGAGAUGGCUUCGAACAAGGGCGAGAUGGCCUCGAGCUCGAUGACUCCAAACGACGGCGACAUGGCUUCAGCCAAGGGCGGCACGGCUUCGGCCGGCCACGAGGGCCUGCAGCCGCUCCAUCCGUCGAUGGCGGGCAAGCUGGACCCCGUCUUCGAAAAGCUCUACAACGACCACGUCGCCUCGACUCCGGCCAGGCCCCUCGACCUCGGCCGGCUGCGCUCGACGUACUCGACGCUCUACAGCUACGGCACCGGCCCGGCGCCCGACGUCGGCCGCGUCUACGACGCCAAGAUGCCCGUCGACGGCGAGCCCGACGUCGAGCUCGACGUGCGCGUCUACGAGCCGGCCACCGAGGGGCCCUGGCCCGUGCACCUCGACUUUCACGGCGGCGGCUGGGCCGUCGGCGACCUCGAGACGGAGGCGCACAUCUGCCGUCACAUCUGCCGUCACGCCAACGUCGUGGUCGUCGACGUCGCCUACCGGCUCGUGCCCGAGUUUGCCUUCCCGACGGCCGUCGCCGACGGCUACGCGGCGCUCCGCUACGUGCAGAAGCACGGCUUCACCGCCUUCAACGUCAUGUCGGGCAGCAUCUCGCUCGGCGGCGUCUCGGCCGGCGGCUUCAUCGCGCUCGCGCUCGCCCACUUUGCGCGCGACGACAACAUCUCGCUGCGGCUCGUCGCCGUCGGCACGCCCGUCAUCGACGACCUCUCGCGGCACCCGUCGGCGGCGGCGUCGCCCUACCCGUCGAUGCGGGAGAACGAGUUCGCGCCGACGCUCAACUGGAAGCGGCUGGCCUGGUUCGACGAGCUGCGGCGGUCGACGUCGCUGCCCGACGACGCGUCCGACGGCUGGCUCGUGAGCCUGCUCGACGCGCCCCGGUUCGAGGGCCUCUGCCGCACCGUCAUCUUCACCGCCGGCGCCGACCCUCUGCGGGACGAGGGCGAGCACUACGGCCGGCUCCUGGCCGAGCACGGCGUCGAGGUGACGCUGCAGCGCUUCCGGGGCAUGCCGCACCCCUUUAUGCACAUGGACAAGGACCUGUGGCAGGCGCGCGAGUUUAUCGAGAAGACGGCGCGCGCCAUCCGCCUCGCCCACUGGGAGUGA